CAUGCAUGUUCCAUGUGCUCAAUACAUUCUAGUAAGGUCACAUCAACCGCUUUUCCGUGUUUUCAUUAGCUAAUGGCUUUAAGCUGGGGAUUUUAUUAGCUGAAAAUAACGACAAUUCGAAUUGUUCAAAGUGUCUAAACAGGCGUAACACCAAACAGCGGUGGUUGUUCCUGCGUACAAUUUUGCGAUUUGGGUGGUCGUUUGGGUUGUAAGUGAAUUUGUCCUUUUGGAGGCUAGCAGUGCUGUGUUAGUUGCAAGUCCUGCAUCUGUCUUUGAGUUUGCUAAUGAGCAGCCUGGCUUUGGAAUGAACAUCAAGGCAAAGGCCAAGAAAACACAAUUGAAGGGCAAGGGAGUUACUGCCAAGAUAAUGCCUUCAACCAAGAAGGAAAUGAAGAGAAAGAGCAAGUUCAAUGAAACACUGCCUGCCAAGGAGGAAAAGGAAAAACAGACAAAUGGUGAUGAAAUGUGUCAUACCAGAAAGAGAAAAAAGUUGAAAACUAGCCACAAACUUGAUAAUGAUGGUGAAAUGACUCCAACCAAAAUGGCAAAGAAGAUAAAAACUAAGAGCGAAGGCAGUGAUGCCAGUGAGAUGUCUCCACCCAAGACAAAAAAGAUCAUGAAAGGAACAUCUGACAUCCCAGAUAACCCAGCCAGUCCAGAGCACUCUCUUACAAGUGUUUUGGCCGAUGGUAAGAAGAGAAAACCAAUGCGCAAGAAAAAGCAGUACAACAAGGAAGCUAUUGAGAAAAUGAAGGCCCGCCAGGUGGCCAGGCGGGAGAAGGCACAGAAACAGACGCCGGCAGCGAAGCCCGAUGCCAAGCGACGGCGGGCCAAGCUGCCUGUUCGUCUGGAGGCAGUUAACUUGACGUUCGCCGAGGACGACACCAUGACCGAGUUCGACGGCGUGUGGGUGCCACGCGAGGAGACGGGCCGGCUCCAGUCGGCGCGCGAGGACCUGGAGAAGCGUGGCCUGGCGCCGGAGAAGGUGCACCGGCGCAUGAAGCAGCUGGUGCGCCGCGAGCACCGGCGCCUCAAACUGCGCCUCAUCGGUGCGCUGGCCAAGACGGAGCGAGCGGCGCGCGAGCGGGCGCAGUUCCUGGCGGCGCGCAACACGCCGCGCGCGCGCCGCCGUCUGCCCGGCCGCGCCUGCGGCCUCCGGCUGCAGGAGGGAGACCGGCUGGCGCGUUUCGACGGCUUCUGGGCCGGCACCGUCUGCUUCCGCUGCGGCGCCGCCGGCCACCGGCUCUCCGACUGUCCGAGGAAAGGGGACGUGGCCGGCCUGCCGUUCGCCACGUGCUUCCUGUGCCAGCAGAAGGGCCACAUGUCCCGCGACUGUCCGCAGGGCGCCGCCGACGCCGGCCGGCGGCCCGGCCGCACGUCGCCGGUCGGCGGUGGAGCCGGAGCAAAGGCGUGCUCGUGGCGCGGGCUGACCCAUGACGCGGAGGAGGCGGACGAGGCCGCCCCCGCCAAGGUCGCCUCUGUGAAGAAGGCCGCCCCCGUGAAAGCGAAAACACCGGCGAAAAAGAAAGAGAGCAGUGGCGGGCAUGUCCGCUUUGAUUUCGACUGAUGUCCUAUUUAAGUGAAGAUGUUCGCUGUCGUUGGGAUGGAGUGUGGCGGAAUUGCGGGCCAUGGUAUGCUUUAGUGCUGUUUAAAGCGAUACGCUCGAAGAGAUCUUGUGAUGCGUUGGGUAUCCUGAUGUGGCUGCGGAAGACGGCUAGAAAUAUAAGUUCGCUGUCGAGUUUCAGGGGUGAGUUGCAUGGCGCGACGGUUCUUAGUGUUACAAAACACCGCUC